AUGGAGGCCAUGGCCAUGGCUAUGUUGCUGCCCAAGGGCAUUGUCGAAAACACGCGCGAGAUAUACAAGGAGGUGGCGAGCUAUCCCAUCGUCCCUCCAGAGAAGCUGUGGCAAUAUUGGAAUGUCUACACAACAACCUCACGAAAGCUUGUUGACCCAACCGCGUGCAGAUUGGAACACUUUUGGUGGCACGUUUGGGGAAGUGACAGACGAUAUCUCAGCGGGGCAACGCUUGCCAAACUGUUCGAAGAGGUCUCCCAUGGCCCGACAUUCGUCCCUUUACGAUCUGUUAGAAACAGAUACGAAGGGCCAUCGGGCCACAGCGAUGCACGUAAUCAUGGCAGGGGAGACGCAAAGGCAGCCUCACGGCAGGGGCAGCCCAAUCAAAACUCGGACCAGCAGAGAUCAGCCCCUGUUGGCGGAAUGAAGCUACCGACGCCGUCGUCUUCGAGGCCACCCCCAGCCCACCCGAUCUUGAAGAAGAAGAAUAGAGGGCCUUCUGGAUCAAAACCAAGGCCAACGGCUCGAUUCGUGGACCCGUCUGCUUUUCAAGAGCUUAUCAUUACCCCUUUGACCGAGCCAGUUGCGCCACAGCAGCUCCCGUCCUCGCCUCCGGGCGAGCCGGUCGCCAAGAAGAACAGGGCGGUGGCAGUUGUUGAUGAAGCGCAAACUCCUACUGCAGUCGAUAUGCCGCCGCCGCCGAAGCCUUCACCUCGUGUCACAGAGAUGCCUCCCCCGCCAAAACCAUCACCAAAGCGAAAGAAUGUCCCUUCGGCCGUGACGGUUGCCGGUGGAACCGACGUCCGUCCACCGCCGAUCUCACCAGCCAAGCCCGAGAGAGCUGCGCCGCCGACAGGGAGACGGAUUGUUGCCAGCACAGCAGCAUCGAAGAGGCGUCCAGUCAUGUCGAGGAGACAGAGCUCCCAAAGCUCAGGGGGCACAGGAACGCGCGUCGUCAGCCCGGCCACCGCGGCGCUGGUGAAGCAGGUGGUGGCGCAAAAGUCCAAAGGACAAGAAGGAGUCGGCCAGCAAGAUUCGGCCAUAAUAUCUUCAUCAACGGAAAGCCAAGGGGUUGUCCCCCCCAUCAGUGCAAAGUCAGCUGGGAAACGGCCAGCCAAAGCCCCAAUAGAUCAACCAGUCGCCACUGCGCAGAACGUACACCCACCCCCUAAUCAGGCAGAUGGCCGGCAUAAUCGUCCUCUUCUAGUAACAGAAAGGCGACCACUUCUCACGGCAGAAUUGACGCCACCGACAUACAUGGCCGCCCCUUUCCAACGACGAUCAACCUGGGACCUCGACGCCCAAUUUCGAGAACCCCGACCCCAACCUCGAAUCCCUGGGGGUUUGGUCCAAGACCGAGCUCAACGCCCCAGUUUCGGCCUCCAGCGAUCUGCCCCCAUGAUGGCGGGAUUCGUAACCAGCACCACCACCAGCCCCAUCCGAGGAUCCAGCAGCACAGCCACACCACCAAAAAUCGUCCGUUCUCGCUCCAACAAUACGGACAAUCGACUCUCCCUCAUGGCCCUGCCGACGGGUGUUACGAGUGUGGUAGCGACUACUACUCCUGCAAUAGCAACAGCACGGUUUGAUUCAGAGCCGGUGGCGUUUGCACCUCGGGAGCCGGAAGCGAGGGAUAUUCCGGAUAGUGUGAUGGAUUUUUCGAGACGUUUCACGACGAACCGGGUUCUGCAGCCGUGCUUUACGCCCACGCCACCGAAUCCGGCGCCGCCGAUUCCGUUUGGGAGGUCGAAGAGCCAGUUGCAUUUGUUGUUGGAGAAGGAGAAGGAGAAGUUGAAGAGGGCAAAUCUUCAAUAGUCAAGACUAAUUUCUAUCACGGGGGUUUAAUGAUUGAGGGAGAGCGAGUUGUGUACAUGUCACUGGUGGGUAAACCACAUUGUAUUUAUAGCUGGAUCGAUUAUCCUGGGGUUUUUGGUUUGGUGAGCGGGUUAUGGGGGUUUUGGUAUGGUUAUUGAUUGGGAUGUUUUGGUAUUGUUAUGUGAUUUGGGAUCUUUUUUUGGGGGGGGAAUUGGGUGGUGGGCACAACGAGAUGAUAUGGUUUUGGUCUGGUUUGUUUGGUAAGUUUGGUUUGGUCAAGGCACAAGGGCAGGUCACAGAUACCCCGUUGUCGUAGUUUUGGUAAACGAGAGAGGUGGAAGGGGGGCCACAGUUUUAAUGAAGUCUGUUUUUGCUUUUUGAAACUUGAGUAACCCUUAUGUGUGUUGUCGGUCGGUGGUAAGGGGAGGAGCAUGUGUUGAUGAUUACAUUUGUUCAUGUUGACAACCCUCAAAGUUCCCUC